AUGCUUCUGUUACAGUUUCAUGUUCAUGUUCCCACUUUGAAGAUGUCAGCUAGUGAGACAAGCAAUGGUACACCCCGGCAAAUGUUGAUCAAAGUGAAAGAUUUAGAGGCAAACACUACGCUUGAAGGAUAUAGGACGCAAGGACUUGAGGGCUCCGAUAGUCGUGUGACUUGUCGACCUAGGAAUCCGGAGCCUUUGAGUUUGAUGGCGGAGUCUCAGCGAUUGCAACGUGAGAUGCUGCGCGUUGAAAUGUCGGAAGAUGUGGAUUUGCGAUCGCCAAGUCAGAGAUCGGAAGUAACCCCAAUUCAAAGCACAACUUCCCCAACACAGACUCGAAUGCAGCUUCUUGAGGGCGAGUUAUUGGACUACAAACGCAAAAUCGCGAGUUUGCAGGAGAGCAAUCAGCGCCAUCAAAAACUAAUUCAAACCCUUCAGGGUCAGGUGACACAAUACAAGCGCAAGAAUACUGACCUGGAGAUGGAGAUGGAAGAUCUUAAGUUGGAGGCUCAAAAGAGUGCAAAAAAGUUACAAUCGAAAGAGAUGGAGCAUGACAGUCGCCUGGAUGCACGGGAAAGCAUGGCUAAAAUGCGUGAGGAGAGCUUAAUUGCAGAAUUGGAAAAUCUAACCAGUACACUCGAGUCGGAACGAAAUAAAUCAGCUGAAUUAUCACGUGUAAAUGAGGUCCUGCAGGACCAGCUUGAAGAGACCGCUACAGCAAAUCAGGGCUUAAGUAGGGAUGUGGCACAGUUGACUCAGGCUUGGCGUCAGGCAACACAGCAGCUGGAGAAACGUGAGGCUGACUGGCAGAAUGAGGAGAUCGCAUUCAACGAGUACUUCGCAACAGAACACAAUCGCCUACUGUCACUGUGGCGUGAGGUGGUUGGGCUGCGGCGUACCUUCGCCGAGCUGCGGCACCAGACUGCCCGGGACUUCACACAGAUGAACAGUGAGAUAAUGCGAAUGGGUCAGUCAUUGCAAUCAGCAUGCUCUGCACUGGGCAAUAACCUCAAAGCCGCUGAGUUGGAAUCGGCUGAUGCUCUGGCCCAGAGUCGACGGCAGCUAUUGGCUGAGGAGGCGGACGCGAAAGCGCGUAACCAAUCACUGACCGAGUCAUUAACGCGUAGCCAAGCCCGAUUGGUGGAAGCCGAGGAUCAGAUCAUGCAGCUCAAGAGGCGAGUCCAGGAGCUUUUGACGGAAGUUGCAGACAGAGACCGUGUCUUGAAUACACUACAAAGACUUCGAUCCUCAUUUCCCUCUCCAAAGCAUUCCGAUACGGAAGAAGAGACGGCUGGAGAGGAUCCAGUGACAGUGACAAAACGUUUAAUUGAGCAAACACGAGGAAUGCAUCAGGCGCUCUCUCAGAUUGCUCAGACUGUCCUCUCGGACACAGCGAAUGCUGAUGUAGAUGAAUCACAGGAGCCUUUCAUGGUAAGCUUCCACCGCCAAAUGCAGACCGGUGAUUGGGGAGAAGAUGAGAACGGUGUACUAGUUACACCACGUUCCAGGCGCCCGAGAUCCACGUCUCCAUUGGGUGAGCACCACUUACUUCCGCGUCCUUCCACCCUUCCAAAGUCGCCCUCCGCUGCGCCUCCGCUCAAACUGGCUGAAACCACUGUGAGUGCAGUUCAGUCAGCUCUCAAUCGCCGUGUAACUCAAGUGAGUCUCGCCUUUCUCCUUCGUCUACUUCUUCUUCCUCAACAGAUAAUAGUUCAGGCAUUGCGACUGAAGCUCUCUAGUUUGCGAGGUCGAUUUGAGGGAAUGACCAAGCGGUUCGAAGAGAGUGAGGAGGAAAGAACACGACUUCUGGAGAGUGUUAGCAACUUGCGGACUGACCUUGACUUCGUACGCAAAGAGGUUGACUCCUUGCGCGUGGAAAGGGACAAGACCAAACAUGCGCUCAGCAAUUCCAUAGAGGAACGGAACAUACUGGAGAGAGCGAGAACUACCAACACAGAACAAAUUAACUCCCUUCAGACGGAGGUGGAACAGUUUCGACAACUCCUUCACGAAACCUCGAAGGAGCGCGAUAGCCUUGUGGAACAACGCACUGCGAAGCAGCUAGAAUAUGAAAAGGAGGUGCGCGAGGCUACGCGCCUCCAGCGAACUCUGGAUCAAGCAGAGGCGCAGAUUUCGCAGUUGAAGGAGGAGGUGAGCAAUGCACGCAGUGAGGGAGAGCAACUGGAGAAGCGAAAUUUAACCCUUUCCAACGACUACAGCGAGGUCGCUGGAAAACUCGAACGCGCAGAGCGCCGAAUCACUGAGCUCAUCGAACAGCUUGAUUCACUUCACCAAGAGAAACAGAAAGAACAGGAUAAAAUGAUUAGUCUUGAAUCACAAAUUGAGACAAAGGAUCGCGAGCGGUCGGAGCUGACCCUCCAACUGAAUCUUUCGACAUCUAAUGAGACACGAGCGUUGGAAGAACGCAACCAUUUGCGUACCGAGAUGCAGAAAUUGCGCAAUCAGCUAUCACGCUUAGAAACGGAGCUCCAACUGAAAUCAGCGGAGUUGGGACGUCUACGAGAGGCUUUAGCGCGGACAGAACAGCAACGUGUGCAGACUGAAGGUGAAGUGUUGCGGGCCAAUCGGGAGAGGGAGGAGCUCGCUGAGGAGGUAGCCGCAGCCAAUAGGCAGGUGAAUAACAUGACAGAAGAAGCGGAGAAGCUGCGGAGAGAAGUGGGACAACAGGCAGGAGUUGUCUCCCGAUUAACUGAAGAACGCGAAGAAUUGAUUCGAGACAAGGAAGAUCUCUCCUCGCGACUAUCGUUGAACGAGAGAGAACGCAGACAGCUGUCGGAUUUAGUAGCCAAACUUCGGACGGACAGAGAGGUCAUGGACAGCGAGGCCUUUUUGGCCCAACGUCAGAUUACUGAGCUAAAGAACAAGGUUGAAAAGCAAGAAACGGACAUAGCUAAUCUUACUCUUCGUCGAAACACUCUUCAAGGCAUGUCUUUUGCCGAGGUUCAGCGGUUGCGAAGUGACUUUGAGACGGAGCUGGGCAAAAUUCAGCGCCAACGGGAUCGUCUAGGGGCUAAAUACACGGCAGAGGUGGAAGAAUUGCGGGUUAAUUUAGCUACAGCUGAACGACGACUGGUGGAAGCCGAAGAAGCCGCGAUGCAGGCUGUUAUUCGGGCGGAUCGAGCUGCUGCGGAGGCAACGAAGGCCUCCAUACGUGAGACAGACCGACUUGGGAUGAGCGAGCGAGAAUCUCAACGAUGGGCAGAGGAACAGGCAAGACUGAGCCAUGAACUUAAGCUUGCCCAGAGGCAAAUAGCAGAUUUAGAGAAAACUCUUGAUCGGACGCGUCGCGAAGCAGCUUCAAGAGCUGAGAAGGACGAUAUUGCACUGAAGGCAAAAACAGAAGAUUUACGUACAUGUAGGGAACAGUUUGAGGAGUUCAAGGUUAAUCACGAGAAGGAGAUUUCCAGCUUGAAGGCGGAGGUUAAGGCGCUGGAGUCGAGUCUUGAACGCACCGUUCACGAAUACAAUGAAGUCCAACUUGAGCUUCGGUCGCGUGAAGAAUCGCGCUACACAAAUCGCUCUGAUUACUCCGAAGCCACAAAACUACUUCGAGAAACUGAAGAAAGUCGUAACAAUCUGCGUCGUGAAGUUGUUGACCUCCGCAAGCAGCUGAACGAGACGGAAUUCGCAAAGUCCACUCUUGAAGUAACUAUCCAGGAGCUGCGUCGUCAAAUGCGUGAGAUUGAGGCUGACAGAGGCGAACAAAGUCUCAUUCUUAACGACAUGCGAGAACGGUUAGAGCGCAGUGAAUAUGAGCAUCGCAACCGUAAAGAGAAACUACAUACGCCACCACCGAUUUCCAAACCACGCGAUAACCAUUCAAUGGAAGAACUGAGACUAAAGCUCUCCCAAUGUGAGCUUGCGAACUCGCGACUUCAACAGAACUGCGCGGAACUGAGGACGAACUUGGGCGAAGAAAUCGCAAACCUAGAAGAAGUAAAACGUGAAUGUGUGAUGCUGAGGAAACAAUUAUCCGAGGAAGAGGCUGUGCGGCACAAUUUGGAGGCCGAAUUAAGCAGUCUUCAACGCCGUCAGGCUGGUGCUAAGGAUCGGCUUCGGGCCCAUGAGUGGGCGACCGGUUUGUCGAACGAAGAGACCAACAGAGACGGCAAACAACUCGAGGAAAUGAAGUGCAUCCUACAGUCACGUCUAGACACUUCGGAGAAGGCGAAUGCCCGUCUUAACGCGGAUCUAAAUGCAGCACAGCGUCGGCUUCAAACGCUGCAAUCGGAAUUGACGGCUUCCACUGAGUCGAGGCUUGAUGCUGAAUCUCGCCUGGCUUCCAUUUACUCUCUGCUGCGUCGUUUUCUUGGUUUUCAACAGCUUCAGGGCUCUCCACCUGUGCUGAUGUUAAACUCAAAGAAACGAAUUAGCGAUGUUGACGAAAGUGAUGUCACGUUAGGUAGGGACGAUAAGGAUGAUCAGCAUACUCACCAACGUCAUCUUGAUCAACGCCCCAAGACCACAGUACCUAAAAAAGGUGCUGAUUUGGAUCCCAAUGCAGUAGACUGCAGUCUGCGCGAGGUGAUGCGUCAGAUGGUCCAACUAGAAAAAGAGAGGGAUGAAGCAAUCGUGGCGAAGCGCGUGAAUGAGGAAAAGCUCCUUGAUGUCACCUCUCAGUUGAACGAGAAAUCUGUUGAAGUUCAACAACUGAAACAGGAACAAAAUUCAUUGUCAGAUAAGUUGCAUCAGUCGCACGACCAGUUGUUGAAUAAGGAGGCAGAAGUGCGUCGAAUGAAGAAAGAGCGCGACGUUGCCGUUGUACGUGUCGAAGAGUUACAACGCCGGUUACAAUUGAUGGAGGAAGAAUGUAAAGUCAUCCAGGAUCGGCUAAAUGCUUCCAAAAUUCAGGAGGCAAAGACUGCUGAGGAUCACAGACGGGAGCUUCGUAAGUCUUUGGAGGAAACUGAAGCUCGCCUGGCGACUGCAGAAACCGCUAGACGGUCCCUUCAGGCAGAUUUGCAUCGUCAGAAAACUAUAACUGCCGAUAGGUCCGCUGAAAUCCAGACGCUGAAGACGAAACUUGAGAGUACACAGAGCGAAGUUUCAGACCUGCACGAAAAGUUGUCGGAGGCAAGCGCCACCAUCGACCGUCUCGACCAACGGUGCGAGCACGCAGCUCAGAGCGAGUCCGAGGCGCGCACCAAGGCCCAGCGUUUUGCUGAACGCGUCACAGAGUUGGAGCAGGAGAAUGAAAAGUUGCAAGAGCGUCUCAGUAGUGCCCAGCGUCUCAUGAGCAAUAUGGACAAUGACCAUCGCCUCAUGCAGGAGCGAUUUGAAAGCACACAGUCGAAUUUGUGUGACUGCAAGGAGCAGCUGGAGCAGGUGAACGCUCGUAUUCAAAAGUUGCAGAGUGAGUUGGCAGAGGCGGAUCUUGUCCGAUGUGAUCUUGAGGCGCAGAACCGUCAACUGAUGCGGCAAAAAAGUGACCACGAAAUGCUGCAAAAGGAUUUGACGCAGCAGAUCAUAAGUAUUAAACUUGAAAAAGAAAAUGCCCAGACGAGGUUGGAUAAUCUCCUGAAGAACCAAAAAGAAUGGGAAAAAGUGAAGGGCAAUCUUGAGUUUGAAGUCAGCGACCUGAAGGAGAAACUGAAAGAGCUGCACGUAAAUUUUGACCAUAUAACGCGAGAGAGACUUCGUGAGAAGGAGUUGAAUUCGGUUCUUGUUUCAAGUCAGGAAGAUGUGCGCAAACGGACACAAAAAUUAGAGGAAGAAAAUCUCGACUACAGACGUCAGGUCCAACGAUUGAGCGCUCAAUUAGCACUUCGGGAGGAGUCACACGCUAGUCGCAUGGACGAACUGCUUCGACAACGGAAUUCCCAAAUGGAAACAGAAUUGGAGAAGAAAUGCGCUGCAUUACAGCAGUGCGAAAAGGCCCUUAAAGCUAAGGAAGUCAGCCACAGUCAAAGAGUCAAGACACUGGAAGAGCAAAUACGAAUGCUGAAUGACCAGCUGUCCCACGAGGCGAGUAGGCGCCAACUCUACAUGUCGACCAGCCGACUUCCCAUUGUGUCCCCUUCGAUCGCCCACUAUCCGUCCGCUAGUCAUCUUUCCCACACAAUGACUCAGUCACACGAAAGCCUCGUCAACCCUCAAGAAUUCUUCUCCCCGACGGAGGGUGUCAUUAUGGCACGCCCCCUGCGUGCUCCGCAACCACAGUCGACGGCAACAGUGACAACAACGGUGCUGGCAGGACGAACACCCACCGUGGAUGCAGCGCUGUCAGUGAGCGUUCAGACGGAGUCCCGUCCGGCUGCUAGUGCCAGCGGAACUCAGACUCCCUCCACUCGAAUUCCUUAG